AUGCUGAUGCACACGCCAACCAAAAGUGAUAAAAUGGCCGAACUGAAGACGCUCAUCCACCUGCGUGGCCAGGCGAAGGCCAAAGUGACCCGAAUCCGGAAAACGAUUGAAGACGUCUCGGCAGCCGACGUUGUCCAGUUUACCCUGGCCCAGCUGAAGGUAUAUUCUCGGAAUCUGGAAGCCCAUUUCCAAGAAUACCUAAGCUUCCACCACCAAAUCACCGCGUUGUUGCCAGCGGAAAAAUUGGAUGACAACGACGCCACCUACCUCCAAUUCGAGAACCACCACACCGAAACCGCAAUGAUGGUGGAAACCCUCAUCCAGUCCGCAACCCCGCAGCCGCCUCCCACGAAUGUGUCCGCACCCGCGAACAGUGCCCAGCUACCACCACAGAUAGUCGUCCAGCAGCAACCGCUGCCGGUUCCAAUCCCUUCGUUUGACGGGAAGCCGGAGAACUGGCCGAGAUUCCAGCAGGUCUUUUCGGACAUUAUGUCACGGUCCAGAGACUCCAACGCCGUCAAGUUACACCACCUUGAGAGGGCACUGUCCGGUGGGUCCGCCGCCAAGCUAAUCGAUCCGAAGACGCUCAGUGAUGGCAAUUUCGAUCACGCCUGGGAGUUGUUGCUUGAUGUUUACGAGGAUGAACGGAAAGCAGUGGACUCGCACAUCCAUGGCCUACUGAGUCUGAAACGGAUGACCAAGGAAUGUUCCAAGCAGAUGAGAGAGUUGCUGAAUGAAGUUACCCGCCACGUCGAGGGACUGCGGCUGCUGAACCAGGAUUUGGAAGGAGUUUCCGAAAGGUUCGUCGUCGUCGUGCUGUCGGAUGCUUUCGAUCCCGAAACGAGGAAGCAGUGGGAGACCACCAUUCCCCACAAGCAGAUCCCGUCGUAUGAAGACACCGUCAUGUUCCUGAAGGAGCGAUGCUCACUGUUGGAGCGUUGCGAAGCCAGUCACCCGAAACCGUCGUCAGCCAAAGAAUCCAGUCAGAAGUCCAACCCGAAGCCAUCGUCGAAGUCCCCGCCGGUGAAGUCGUUCGCUAUGGCUACACCCGUAGCUAAUAGUGAGGCGACCUGUGAGAUUUGUAGUGCGAGCCAUCCAAACUACAAAUGUGAAAGGUUUGUUGCGCUGACGGUACCCCAACGUAGAACUAAGGUACCUCGUUCGGAUGGCACGCUAUUGCUUACGGCCAUGGUUGAUGUCCUUGACAGCCAUGGAAAUUCCUUCCCUUGCCGUGCAUUCCUCGAUUGUGGUUCCCAACCACAUUUGGUUUCCCGUUCGUUUGUUGAACGAUUGGGAAUCGACCAGGUACCUACCCAUGUAGAAGUUAUUGGAGCUACCGGUAAGCGAUCGGUGCUCGACAGAAAGGCAACACUUUCGUUCCGGUCCCGUUGUAAGGAUUAUCAAGCCCGGAUCGAAUGUUUGGUCACCGAUGUGGUGACUGGUCCCCUCCCCGGUCGUAAGAUGAAUUGUCGGUCUUGGAACAUUCCCUCAGGUCUUUCGCUUGCUGAUCCCACUUUCCAUACUCCAGGAGAAGUGCAGUUACUGAUUGGAGUUAAACUGUUCUUCGAUUUGAUGCUUCCCGGCCAUUUGGUGCUAGGCCAAAACCUGCCUAUACUCAAGGAGACUCGUCUAGGAUGGGUCGUUGCUGGUGGUGCUGAGGACAUGGAUGAAAAUCAGCACUGCUACACGGCCAGCUUGCGGCCGCUCACAGAAUGCAUCGAGAAGUUUUGGUCUGUUGAGUCGGUCGAGAAUAGUAGCGUCAUUUCCAAGGAGGAGCAAGAUUGUGAACAACUUUUCAGCUCGUCCACCGUUCGAAACCCAGAUGGUAGCUACACCGUCCAUCUUCCAUUGAAGGAAUCCGUGAGUGAACUAGGCAGUAACCGGUAUCUAGCUUUGAAACGUUUCCAUAUCCUGGAGCACCGCUUCAGCAAGAAUCCCGAAUUGAAAAAGGCUUAUGUCGAUUUCAUUAAUGAGUACAAGUCGUUGUCCCAUUGUAAGCAGAUUUCCGAGUCAGAUGAUACCCCAGGGAAACUGGUUCAUUAUCUACCGCACCAUGCCGUCCUCAAGCCAAGCAGUUCCACUACUCGCUUGAGAGUUGUUUUCGACGCCUCGGCUCGAACAACUGGCCCAUCUCUGAAUGAUGUUUUGAUGAUUGGCCCCACUAUCCAGGAUGAACUUUUUUCUAUUAUCCUACGAUUCCGUAAGCAUCGGUUCGCGAUAACCGCUGAUAUCUCCAAAAUGUACCGAAGGAUUCGUGUGGUCAAAAAUCAUACUGGACUCCAGCGAAUAUUUUGGAGAGAAAAUCCUGAUGAUCCGCUCCAAAUCCUGGAGUUGACAACCGUUACCUAUGGGACGGCUAGUGCGCCUUUUCUGGCCACUCGAUCAUUGCUGCAACUUGCCCGUGACGAGUGCCAACGUUUCCCUGUUGCAUCCAAGGUAGUAGAAGAGGAUGUCUACAUAGAUGACGUGGUGUCAGGGGCUGAUACCAUUGAGCAGGCCGUUCAGCUUCGCUCGGAUUUGACCGACAUAUUGAAUUCCGGAGGUUUUCCUGUGCAUAAAUGGUGUGCAAGCGACGCAGCCAUCCUAGAUACCAUUCCCGAGGAAGACCGCGAAAAGUAUUUGGUGUUUGAAGAUUCCGACGUGAACAAGGUUAUUAAAACCCUCGGCCUAUUGUGGGAUCCUGAGGAAGACGAAUUUCGUUUCCAUUGUAAGUUGCCGUUCCAACCGUUGUCUGUUCCAACGAAACGUAUCGUCCUUUCCGAAAUUGCUCGUUUGUUCGAUCCUUUGGGGCUUGUGGCCCCAGUUAUAGUUCUCGCCAAGAUAAUUAUGCAACAGUUGUGGAAGGAUAAGCUAGGAUGGGAUGAUCCGUUGCAAGGCGAUAACCUCCAGUCUUGGCUUACGUUUAGAGAAUCCCUGAAAUAUAUUGACUCCGCCAAAAUCCCACGCUUCGUUGGCUUGGUAAGCGUCGAGAGUGUUGAAGUACAUGGGUUUGCCGACGCUUCCCUUCGUGCGUACGGAGCAGUCAUUUACUUACGAGUUGUAUCUGGUUCCGAUGUAAAGGUUUCAUUGCUCUGUAGUAAAUCCAGAAUUGCUCCAUUGUCACCUUUAACGAUUCCCAGAUUAGAGUUAUGUGCCGCCCUAUUGCUGUCCAGACUUGUUCCCAAAUGCGUUGGGUCGUUGAAAAUGGAAAUUCAACGCAUCUGCCUGUGGUCUGACAGCAACAUUGUUCUCGCCUGGUUGAAAAGGUUGCCCAACGAUGUUUUUGUCCGCAACCGGGUGAUGGAGAUCAAUUCAGCCACCCAAGGUUUUAUUUGGUCUUACGUUCGUUCUGAAGAUAACCCAGCCGAUGUCGUGUCCAGGGGGCAGUUGCCGCAAACUCUUGCCAGUAACAGUUUGUGGUGGAAUGGACCGACGUUUUUGAAGCUGCCCCAGUAUGAAGUUCUGAUUACAGAUCCACUUCCGGAAUCCGAAAUGCCUGAUGAUACACCGAUUGUGCCAAUCGUCUCGGCGACGGUUGUUUCUCCCGACCCUAUGAUGGGUCGCCUUCCGGAGGCUCGUGUCGUUCCCUCCGCUCCGUUUUCUCGAACCGGCGUUGAUUUUGCCGGACCGGUAUUUGUGAAGGUUGGUCUCCGGAAGUCCGUUCGCGUGAAGGCCUACAUCUGUAUUUUUGUGUGUCUCGCUACCAAGGCCAUUCAUUUGGAGCUGGUUUCCGACCUGUCGUCCGCAGCGAAGUGCGCCAUACACCCCACCUUCUACGGACCGGGACGGGUCGUCGUCGGCGGCGAGAACUGCUAUAUCAUCCCUUUGGGUCGUCUUCUUGCGGCGGUGCGGAAUCUGCGGUGCAGUAGUGCAUCAACGGUUCUCAAGAUCGGAUCGAAGUUGCUCGUAACGCAGCGAAGGUUCUACGCAAGUCAUCCGGUUACCCAGCCAGAGCUUUCCGCAAAAAGAACUGUCCCGUGUGAACGCCGGACCCAGGACGGAAAUUUCUUUGGCGGACCAACCACGCUUGAAGAGUGA